GCCUAAAAAUUAAAAGAUUUGUAUAAAACAUGUUUUAUAACCUAACCCAAUAUUUCAACAUACUUUCUUAGUAAGUAGGGAUGACAAGUUUGAAUUAUUCGCGAUUGAAGAGUGCAUAGAAUAUUAUAAGUUAAUUUAUUAUAUUUAUUAAAGAUAAUUUAAAUUAUCUUAUAAAUGGCUGCUAAAAUUAACAUUAUUGAUCCACCUUCGUCGGCAAGUUCCGAUAGUGACAUCGAGGAAACGCACGCCGAUUUUUCAGAGGUUUUUCCAGAGAUAGAAAUUGAAGAGGAAAAAAGCGGAGAUUUCCAUACCCCAGCUUCUCCUAUAACUGUACCUUAUUGUCCAAGACCUCCUUCAACAGGUUCCCAAAAAUCACCUAGAUCCAGAAGACAAAGAACGACAUCUUUAAAUCAAACAAAAAAACCCACGGAAUCCAUUAUAAGAACUCAGCAUCGUACAAUAUACACAGCGGGUAGGCCGCCUUGGUACAACAGUGUGGGACAAAAAGUUGAACCCUUCGUCAUAGGAAUAUGUGGUGGAAGUGCCUCGGGGAAAACAACUGUAGCGGAAAAGAUUAUAGAAUCCCUCGGGGUACCGUGGGUGACGUUACUUAGUAUGGAUUCCUUCUAUAAAGUAUUGAACGAAAAACAACAUGAAAUAGCCGAUAGAAACGAAUAUAAUUUUGAUCAUCCUGACGCGUUUGAUUUCGAUCUAUUGGCGCAGACCCUUCAGAGGCUCAAGGAGGGUAGAAAAGUGGAAGUACCGAUAUAUAAUUUUCUAACGCAUUCUAGAGAGGCUAAAACGAAAACAAUGUACGGCGCUAACGUCAUAAUAUUCGAAGGUAUCUUAACUUUUCACAAUCAAAAAGUAAUCGACAUGUUGGAUAUGAAAGUAUUCGUAGACGCCGAUCCGGACGUCAGACUUGCUCGUAGGUUGAGACGGGAUAUAUCCCAAAGAGGUAGAGAUUUAGAAGGGGUCAUAAAACAAUAUACGUCAAUGGUACAACCCUCUUUUAAUCAUUAUAUCGCCCCUUUGACUAGUCACGCCGAUAUAAUAGUUCCUCGGGGUGGAGAAAACGAGGUUGCCAUUCAGUUGAUUGUACAGCAUGUGCAAACACAGUUACAAUUGCGUGGUUUAAAACUUAGAGAAGAACUAGUUCAGGCGUAUACAGAGAACAAACACAACAUGCCCAGACCUGAUACCGUUCGAUUAUUACCUACCACCCCUCAAAUUAGGGGUUUGCAUACGUUUAUUAGAAAUAAGGAUACACCUAGGGAUGAAUUUAUAUUUUACAGUAAACGAUUGAUAAGAUUGGUUAUCGAAUACACAUUAUCACUGAUGACGUUUGUGGAUAAGACCGUCGAAACCCCUCAAGGUGUUUUGUACCAUGGUAAAAAAAUGGCUACGAGUAACAUUUGCGGUGUUUCUAUAUUAAGAGCCGGUGAAACGAUGGAACAAGCAGUUUGCGAUGUAUGUAAAGACAUCAGAAUAGGAAAAAUAUUGAUACAAACAAAUCUACAGACAGGAGAACCUGAGUUGUACUAUUUACGAUUACCCAAGGAUAUAAAGGACUACAAGGUAAUCCUGAUGGACGCCACCGUAGCCACGGGAGCAGCAGCUAUGAUGGCUAUCAGAGUUUUACUCGAUCACGACGUUUUGGAAAGCAACAUUUUGAUAGUGUCGUUAUUAAUGGCGGAAUCAGGUGUUCAAUCGAUAGCUUACGCUUUUCCCGAAGUCCAAAUAGUCACUACGGCCAUAGAUCCAGAGAUUAACGACAGAUUUUACGUAUUACCCGGUAUAGGAAAUUUCGGUGACAGAUAUUUCGGUACGGAACCUUCUGAAUUGUAAACUGUCGGUUGUUAAGCUCCCAACUUUAUUCACCAAAGGAUUUUCCGGUGCCGAAUCGUUCAUAGGGGGCCAAAGACUGGAUGUGGGUGCUGCUACUACUCGUGAAAUUUUUUUAUGUAUAAAGUGUUUUCGAAUUAAAUCAUAUUGUUAUAUGGAA